AUGUCUAGCCGCGCCGAAAGAGAGGCCGAAGACCUGUACGAGGCACAAAACGACCCGUCCCCCGUCGAAGGCAACGCCGGAGACGACAGCUAUGCGCAAAUGGGCACAGGCCGGAAUGAACCGAUUGCUGUGCAGUCCGAUUCCGCAAAGGUGGAAGAUCCCAUGAAGCCGUUUUCAGCCAACACCGAUGCACAACUUGCCCAGGACGAGAGGGAAGCCAUUGACAAGUCGAAUAUCAUGAAGGGUAGUAGGACUCGACGGGCGAAACCUCAGGGUCAGGGGUAUUCUGAGGGUCCGGAUGAAGAUGAUUUGCCUGAUCAGCCUAUGACCUGA